CCUGCCUGUCCUGGAUCAUAACGGAGCUGCUGCUGUGCGCUGCCUCACUACUGCUGCUGCUGCUUCUGCUGAAGGUUUGACUCAACAUGGCGCUCGUUUCGGAGUUUCUGGGCCAACUGACGCUGUCGUACGGAGGGGAAGCGGAGCCCAAAUUCCCCACCGUGGUGCCGGCACGAGACUUCGACCCAGCCACAGACGCUGCCAGGAUCGAGACGGCCAUCAAAACCAAAGGUGUAGACGAACAGACCAUCAUCGACAUCCUGACCAGACGCAGUGGAGAGCAGCGGAGAGAGAUCGCCUUCGAAUACGAACGUAUCGCCAAGAAGGAUCUGAACACGGCCCUGAAGGCGGCGCUGUCCGGCCCUCUGGAGGCUCUGAUGUUGGGUCUGAUGAAGACCACCGCUCAGUACGAUGCCUCGGAGCUCAAAGCCUCCAUGAAGGGACUGGGAACGGACGAGGAGACCCUCAUCGAGAUAGUCUGCUCCAGAAACGACGAAGAACUGGCCGACAUCAAGAAGGUUUACAAAGAGAUGUUUAAGAAGGACGUGGAGAAAGACGUAGCAGGAGACACAUCAGGAGACUUCGCCAAACUGCUGCUGGCUCUGGUUCAGACAAAGAGAGAUCAACCGUCGAACGUGGUCGACUACGAGAAGAUUGACGAGGACGCCAGAUCUCUGUAUGAAGCCGGGGUGAAGAGGAAGGGAACCGACGUGGCGACCUGGAUCACCAUCAUGUCUCAGAGGAGCGUCCCCCACCUGCAGAAAGUGUUUGAGAGGUAUAAGAGCUACAGCCCGUACGACAUGAAGGAGAGCAUCAGGAAGGAGGUGAAAGGAGAUCUGGAGAAGUCCUUCCUUACUCUCGUGGAGUGCUUUGAAAACAGGCAGCUGUACUUCGCCAACAGACUCAAUGAAGCCAUGAAGAGUAAAGGAGCGAAGGAGAAGGUGGUGACCAGGAUCAUGGUCUCUCGCUGUGAAGUCGACCUGAUGAAGAUCAGAACAGAGUUCAGGAGGCAGCACAAAAGAACACUGUACCAGACCAUCGCUGAGCACACUAAAGGAGACUACCAGAAGGCUCUGCUCAGUCUGUGUGGAGGAGAUGACUGAAACCUCACCUCUGUCCAGACUCAGUUUCCCAGAAGGCCGCUGGGUUUGGAAUACCAGCUGACUGCAGAUGUUCUUACAGUAUUAGAGCCUUUAUUGUUUCCAUAUUAAACACAUCACCUCCUUCCUCAGCUGUCUACGCAGCUUCAGUUUCUGAAAUAAAAACCUCUCACCUGU